AUGGCUGCCCUGAUACAAAAUCUUACCCACGUACACCCUACCAUAUCGCCAUCUCCCAAGUUUCAGCCACCCUACUACAAUGUGUGGUUGAUCCCCCGCACCCGCAGAACUACCAAUACCUGCAACAUGAAUCCUCGAGAAAAUAACCAGCAUUCCCACCUGAUACCACUCUUGAAGCUUGGCCGGCAGAUCCGCCAGUCUAACAAUGACCUUCACAUCAACAGGAAGGCUGUUAUCCUGCAAAACCCAAUUCAUCAGUAUUGA